CGUCCCCAAGUAUUCUUUCAUCUGAAGCUCGCUUGUCGAAGAUUCGCUUUUAUUUUUAUGCCGUUUCUUGAAUUUUGCUUUCAAAAACAAAGCCGAUUGGACUUCUGACCGAUGUGCUUUAUUUGACUUUGGCUUCCCUUCCGUAGUUCUAGUUCACCUUUCCUUCAAGACUAAAAAUGUUUUCGCGUCGAUCGCAAGUGCGAGGGUCUAGCAGCAGAGCCUUGCCUUGUUUUUGACCAGCAGUAGUUGUUCCGUUUUGAUUACAACAUUGAAGACCACUACUCUACUCACGAAUUCGCUGAACGGCUCUUUACCCCAUCAACAUGGGCAACACCAACUCGAAUUCCACCGGCCUCGUUUUCCCGGAGUCCACCUCGGUGGGGAGACAGGCGGGAGAAGCGGAACUGGAUGAAGAUGACGCAUCGACGUCAGGUUCCUCCGAGGAGCAGACGGCAUCGAACGAAGAGGAAAAUUUUGGUGUGGAAAGACCGCUGGUGCAGUUGCGGCGGUCCCGAAAUACACGGCAAAAGGAAGUACAACAGCCUAGGAGUCCUCGUCCGGAGGGGGAGGGAACCUACUACGACAGCGGCGAUGAUCAAGCCGGCAGUCAACUGUUCGCUGGGGCAAGCACCAACCAAAGCGGUGCGGGCAUGGCGACGGCAGCGACGAAGCGGUACCACAGCGGACGACAACAGCACCGUUCGAAGGGAAAGGGUAAAGGGAAGGAGCACAGCUACAAGUCGGCCCUCAGCGGCGGAUCUUCGCCUGUUCCUAUCAAGAGUGAAGAACGCAGUUGUACUUUUAGUAUCUCUGUAUAAUAUUCUUGCGUCGCUGCUGCUAGAAAGCUUCAUGGGCCGGCGCUGCUCUGCAAAAAUAUGUAUCUAUGUGGUCCAAUACUUGAUGUUGACCAAAAGUAAAAGAGCAGGGUGUUUCUGGCAAGGGCCCGGCACUGCCACAUCAGAUGAAUAAAAUUGUAGAUACAAAAGAAGGGCUGGAGUUUUACUCCUGAUAGGGACCUUCUCAGGAGACUUCGGCGAAGAAGAAGUUGACUCCUCGCCCAGGGACAAGAUCCAGAAAAGGGAGGGUGAAGAAAAGCAGCCAACUGUUGCUGGCGGGGCCUCGCAGGUCUCCACGAUGUCCCCCGCCUCUCGCAGUACCGCCUCCCGGGCAACCGCGAUGCCGAGACCGGGCUACUCGUCCAGUGCCGGAACUAAAGCUACCGACUAUUCCUCCACGGGGGGCGCAAAACCUUCUACUAUCACGACCGGGCGCUCGCCCUCCGGGGCGGGGUCGUCGAGACAUCACUUGGAGAAACAGCACACCGGCGAACAUACCGACGGCUUCUGGUCAAGUUGGAGCCGCCCGAUCUACUGGAUGGGAAGCUGUCCGAUCUCUCUGGGACUGCUCUUCGUCCUGUGUGGGGGGAUCGUCCUCCUGGGCACGUUCAUUGGCGUGAUGGCAUGCAUGUGCGCCCCGAGUGAAGAAGCGGAGGAAGAGAAAACCGAGAAUCAGUCGUCCUUUGUGGCGCUGCGUCGUGGGCGGCGCUGGCGCCACGCAUCGGGAAUCGACCGGCCGAGACUCCGCGGGGCACUGAUUACGAAGAUGAUGACUGCAUGUUCACUUUACUUGUUUUGUUUUGCACACUAGGAUCGAUUGUUGAAAAAUACUGUCGAAGAAACGGCUAGUGCUCGACAUUGGUGUUCUUUUUGGGCUUGAUAGUACUAUGAAGAAUUACAACCGCACCAAAAAGAACACGCUCACGAUCCGCCACCGCAGCCCCGGGAUUAUGAAAUGUGGAUCAUAUGCUGCCUCAUGGACGUAUGUUGCUGUUUUUAAUCCCGUACGCGAAAAAUGUCGAUGUACUCCCGCAAGCUAGAACUACAUAUGUUUAUACGAUUUGAUGAGGCUAAUGGUUUUGCAGGACGCGUUGUCACGCAGGACUGCCACCAGUGCAGGAAAAGCAAAACAAGAAACUUUGCACCUCUAUUACAACUCGCAGUGCCAGACAGUUGGCCGCUUCCCGCGCCGCUGAGGUCACCCCCUUCGAGGAGGCCUCUAGCGCGGCAUCGGUGGACGGUGAGGGGGAAUCUUCCCCGGCGGACCAGCAGUCAGCGGACCAACACGCGGCGGACCAGCACUUGGCGGACCAGCACUCAGCGGUCGGCCAUCAUUCGGCGACACCCAAGUAAAAACUCUCGGUUUUAAUAUACGAUAAGCAUCUUCACGAGCAACCUGGAGCGGAGGAGUAGCCGCAUCGACGGGCAACUCUGAUCACGAUGAAUGCUGAUUUCCAUUUUUUUCGACUCCCAGAGAUUUUUAAGCCUCGGGGUUACUUUUAUUCGCAUACUAGAGCUAAACUAAAAUUUUGUGUUAUUGCAUUCGGUCUUUCGUUACACAUCUUGCUAGUACUAUUGUCAUUGCAUUUUCCACCAGGUAAAGAUUUCAUUUCAACACUGAACCACUUGCUUUUUUUUGUUUGGCCUUACAUUGAUUUGACUCGCACGUAACAUUUAUUUAGAGUAUUGAAACCGUUUCUCUAGCGUUCUGCCUACCUCUCAGGGGGAGUGGAUUAUCUCGGCAUAUUGAAUAUUGCCGGGCUGUUACUUUCUGUUUAUUCUGAAGGUGGAGACCCUGCUCUGAGAAGCCAUGAGAUGUCUCCUCCGCGUAAAUGCACGGACUAUGCCGCGACGUCUAGUAUCCCUUGCGAACAAGAAAAGGCAACAAGAAGUACAAGUGGAAGGUAGCAGUUUUGUUGGUCGGUAG